AUGGCGCUGCUCAUCCCACAAGCCCUCCGCUAUCUCAACGUCGCAAACUCACCAUCAGCAACGCGAAAAGCCCAAGCACAGGAAGUGGCUAGCUUAUUGCUUAAUAUCUAUGAGACUCUGGCCGAAAUGCGCUAUCUAGAUUCUGACUCAAUUCAAAGAGGUCCGCACAAUAUCACCGCCAUAGAAACGCUCUACAGCUCCAACAACAUCCACCUCGACCCCGCGAUCAUCUACCUCUACAGCAUCCUGCCUUAUAUCGGCGAGCCAUCGGUCGGUGUCACAGACUUCUUCCACGGCGGCACAUUCAUCGAUUUCAGAGACGAAGAGUCCAUUGACGAAAACCGGGACCCGUUCUACGCGAGUCCCGAAGGCACCGACUUUUCCGCCGCGAACGGACCAUAUAUGCGUCCGUGGAUGACGGCGCUCUCGAGACUCGGAAACCACGGGAGCGUUACUAUAUAUGAUGCAAAGGAACACCGGAUCUGGAUCAUUGAUCAGGAGGGGUGGGGGACGACGGAUCCGUUCUUUGAUGGGGAGGAACUGGAUCAGGACAUUAAGGAAGGCACGAAUCGGAAUAGCUUUGAGCAUCUACCCUCUCGUCCGGCUGGGGAUGUUCUCAGAGAUAUCAACCGGUGGUAUCGCGAAUUGGUCGAGCUACCCGGUGGCGGGGAAUACAGCGGGGGAGCAUGGAACGAUCCGGAAAUCGAUCUGAGAGCAUUGUACCGGAAGAACGGCUGGCCGGAUGCAUUCGAUGGAGAUGCAUUUGAAGUCGAUAAGGCGCGCGCGGAAUUCAGUUUACGGGCUCGGUAUGAUGCUGAGGAGCCCCGGCGGGCUGUGGAGAGAUUCCGAGACUGGCGGGGGCAUCUCACGCAAAAGAUCGACGAGCAGCGGCAGCUCAUUGAGAGUGCAAGAUCAAUGGAUGAAGAGUUGAUUGCUAGGUUUGAGAGCUGGUCAGCAGAGCUCGCACUCCAGCGUGUAAUUGAGGAAGCUGAGACGGCCGAGGAGGUUUUCGCGCGACGAUGUCCGGGAGGCGUAUGCUUCAAGGACGAGGAGUUGGUUAUCUGGGAAGCUGAACUUCUCCGGCAGGAGGUUAAGUACAAGCGAAGGUCGGUCGGAGAUGACAGACAGUCCGCCAAAGAGGUCCGAGAGUCGGACCCCGAGCACACACGAGGCCUGGAGGUUGCGGCCGGUGUCGCGGAGAAGGAGGCAAAUGUGUACCAGAAAGCCUAUGAGGCGGCGGUUCGUGACGCUGAGCUGUUAUGCCCCGGCAAGGCGUUUAUCGAUGUGAGUGGGAGAGAGUCGCUCGAUGAAGUAGACUUGGCUACAUCAAUUACAAAGCUUCAGGCGAAAAUUGAAGCACUGGAGAUGGAGGUUGGGCGAGCGAGUGAGUUCGCGAGAAGGGUUCCGGAUGAAGCUGACCAGGCAAGGGGCAUGGCCGAAGAGCGCAUUCGCGACUUUGAAAAGCGCGUCGAGUUUGAAAGAGAGACAGUAACCCGCUUGGAGGGGUGGUUGGCGGAGCGUGGAGAUGAACAGUGA